AUGUCCCAAUUCGAUUUGGCCAACGAUGUCGUGUCUAGGCUGCUCUCCCACUUGCUCAAGUACGAAGAGACGCAGAUGGCGGGUCUCGAGACGGGCCUUGGCGCCAUGAAAGAGGCGCUGGUCGCCGAAAUCGACGUCCUUCGGCGGCGCUUGCAACCGAGGCGGUACACCGAGGCCGCGACGCACGACACGUUGGUGCUGCUCCAGCACGCGCAAGCCAUGCUUGGACUGCCCUCGACUACCGACUCGCUCGACGACCAGUGCCGCCAGCACGCGGCGCAGAUGGACCAGCUCCAUACCAUCCGCGACACUGUCCGCGCCGAGUACCGCAACCACCUCGACGCGCAGUUGGAGGCGCUGCGGUUGCUCAAAUCCGCUCGCGAUGGCCUCGAGCUGCCCACGUACAGCAGCCUCGAAGCCCUCGAGAGUGCGAAAAACCAGAUUACGGACGGCAUUGCGCACGCGUCGAGCGUCUUUCAAGGCUAUCAAAACAUCGUGUUGCACCAAGCGGUCGCCACGCGACGACCACAACCCUAA